UUCUUGCGUGCGCAGGCCGCGCGCUCAGUCCUGGUCCUGUUUGGUGGGGGACGGCGAUAAUGGCGGAUACAUGUGGCCAAAUAGUUCUGGGGUCCGGGCUGACCGUCCUGUCUCACCCUCUUAUGUACAUCAAGGUUUUAGUCCAGGUUGGACAUGAACCUCUUCCACCCACUCUAGGCAGGAAUGUGUUUGGCAGACAGGUUUAUCAGCUUCCAGGAUUAUUUGCAUAUGCUAAACACAUAAUAAAGAUCGAUGGGAAGUUGGGCCUGUUCAACGGUCUCGUCCCCAGACUCUGUGCCGGCACUGUUGGCACUAUUGUUCAUAGUAAAGUGUUGCAGAAAUGCCAGGAAAGCAACUUUGAGGUUAUGUGCAGUGGCCAGAAAGUGGAGGAGGGCUCUCUGGAGCAUGUAGUCAAUGAGACAACAAGAGAGGUCAUAGCACGCUCCUGUGCCACAAUCCUCACACACCCAUUCCAUGUGAUCACCCUUCGGUGUAUGGUCCAGUUUAUUGGAAGAGAAGCCAAAUACAGCGGUGUCUUUGAUUCAAUUGUUACGAUCUACAGAGAAGAAGGAAUCCUUGGAUUCUUUGCUGGUCUCAUCCCACGUCUUCUCGGUGACAUCAUCUCUCUCUGGAUUUGCAACAUACUUGCUCACCUUAUCAACACAUACGCAAUCGAUGACUCAAUGAGUCACACAGGGGAGAUUAAGAACUGCUCUCAGGCUAUGACUGGGUUUUUUGCCAGUAUGCUCACAUAUCCCUUUGUGUUGGUGUCCAACCUAAUGGCGGUCAAUAACUGUGGGUUGGCUGGGGGUCUCCCACCCUAUGCUGCAGUCUACCCCACCUGGGUCGACUGCUGGAGACACCUGAGCAGAGAGUGCAAUAUGAGCAGAGGUAACAGUUUAUUCUUCAGGAAGUUACCAGUGGGGAAGACAUAUGCCUCUGCCCAGAAGCGAUUUUACUGAAUGGAUCACCAACACCAUAGUCUUUAAUUAUGAUAAUAUAAACCAGGUGGUCUGAGAGUCGGGGUUGAGUAGGGGUGGGGGAACUCCUAAUUCUUUAUAUGUACUUGUUUGAUUUUUUUUUUUUUUUUCCCCUGUCUGUCAGCUUCCAAAAAAUUAAAUUUCCAUUGUUUUCACAUGGAGUUGUUUUGAUUUAGAAACAUAAAAAGCUUUAUUUUAA